GCUUUGUGUGUGUGUGUGUGUGUGUGUACUAUUGCAGAGAGAGACGGAGUAUAGAGCACUACAGGGAUGCAGAGGAGAACAGAGGCAGAUGAACAAUCCCUCUUUCCAUUCCUUCACACCUGCCCUGUUUUCCGUGUGUGUCAGAUGAAAAGAUUUUCCAGCAAAAGUAUGCCGGAAUUCCUUCAAGAGAGGUAUUUUGGAGAUGGUGGUGUGAGGAAAAAAAAGAAAGAGACAGACAGUGAAACAGAAAAAGAGCACUGGAGGAAAACACGGCGAAGAGGUAGAGCACCUGCACAGAGACCCUUAUGUUCCUCCAUCAACCUAAUGGGGCACUACAAAAGAAAAGACCAUGCAACAAAACACUGAAAGAAGUUGCCAUUUCAUUGAAGAAAAGCGGGGGAACGCCAAGUGUGUGACGUCACUUAUUGUCCGCGGAAGACGUCAUCACGCAUCCAGGUAACGUUUCAUUUGAGUUUAAACCGAGGGACGUUUGUUUAAAGCACCGUUUGGAGCCUCAUAUCAAAAGUGAAUCAUAUUUCACUUUGUACUCAGUGAAUAACACUACUGUUUAAGCAAGGUAGAGAACGAAGAGGUGUCAGAUAUGGUAGACCUGCACCAACUGACUGAUGACCAGCUGAAAGCCAUGCUGCUCCAAUAUGGAGUCAAAGCUGGACCCAUUGUAGCUACUACUAGAGCCUUAUAUGAAAAGAAGCUGCACAGGCUGAUGGAAGGUCCAGCACAGACAUCACAGCACAGUGUUAAUGGCACAGCUUGGACUACCCAGUACUCUGACAGUGAGGAAGAUAUUGAGGGAGAUGAAGAUAAAGAGUCAGAGACAGAGCAGCACCUUUCUAAAACUGCGUCCCAGACAGAGACCAGCACAAGCAGAAUGGGGACGUCCUCUAAGAGCAAAGAUUUUUACCCGCAAUGCUUUUUACCCUCAGCUGGAUGGGGAAAGACUCGGCACACGUCUGCAUCAGACACCAGCAAAAACGGGUCUUUGAUUUUGAUCGAGUCUCCAUGUAGAUCCUUCAGCAUCUCUCAGAUGGUGGAAGAGAUUGAGAAUAGAUUCAGUCCUCAGUCAAAACAGACAGAAAUCGAAAGAAGGUCCGGUCAAAGAUCUGACUAUGUAGCAAACGGCAAGACCUCACAGGAUUUCAUGAGGCUAAAUAAAGACACCAUGACCGGCAGAUCUCUGUGUUUAAUGUCUCCGCCAUCCCAUCAGAAACAAACCGUCACAGAUUCUGCAACUGAUGUUCUCACAGAGUUGUUCCCCGACACUGCCAAAACUCCCACUGGAAUCUACGCUACAAAGAGGCGACCUAUAAAGGGAGCGGCAGGCCGUCCCGUGCAGUUUAAAUACCCAGAGAUGCCUCUACUAAGUCCCACUACAUUAGAGAGGCAAGAGAUCCAGCAGCGUCUGGUGCCUUUGUGGGUUCAGAUCCUUGUCUUUCUCCUGGUGGCCUGUCUGCUUUACAUCAUCUACUUGUCCAUGGAAGAGCCACCGUCCAAUCCUUUCACUCCUCUGCUAGAUGGGCUAUACGAGUACAUGCAUACAACUGAUUCUGCUGCUUAGGUCAACCAUACACAGGAUAUAAACACAAUAGUUAUGUAAAUACUAGGCGUCCUGUCUUCUAAUCUGUCUCUGUUGGAUAAACUGUGUGGACUUUGGACUGAAUGAAAAUGAAGGAGAUCUACAUCACAACGCUACUUUGGGUGCUAAAGUUAUUCUGUUAAUCACAAACCUGCCUUAGAAAACAGUAUGUGAUUUUAAAACUGAACGGUUACUGAUGGUUUGGGUAGUUUAAGGUGUUGUCCGUGCCUGAUUGAUCUUUUACCAUGUAUUUUAUGCAGGUUUUCCUCAUUUAAAGUUAAUGUGGGUUGUUUGUACCUUUUCUUAAUUCACAGUGACACAGCAGACUUCACAAGGGAACAUUUACAUUCUGUCUUAUCUAGCUGGACUGUUAUGUAAUGCAUUAUGCCCUUUAAAUUUUAUAAGUUAUUGUGUACUGAUGUUUGUUUUUAUGUGAGAGUAAAUAAAUAAAUUUGUUUUUGUCCUAA